CUUUUUUCUUUAAAUUCAGUUCAAGUCAAUUUAAUUCUACCCACCUCAUCACUGCUACGUACAGCUACAUAUACUACUCUUCUUAUUAUCAAAUCAAAUAAUUAUAUAAACAGAUAUCUCUUCCUUUCUCUGUGGAUCCAAAAGUAGUAGACCAAAAACGAAUACAACAACAUAUAUACUGAUAGAUAUGGCCAGUUUCAACACAACUACUACUACUACUAAUACCAAUGAGAUUGAUCAUCAGAUGAAAAUUAGUAGUACUAGUAGUGUAAAAAAAGAAAAAAAUCUAGAAGAAGAAGUGAAAGUUGAAAUGAGCGAAAUGGAGAAGAGCAAAGUGGGGAUAAUGAGGGCUCUAGUCCAAAAACAAGAUCCUUCAAAUUGUAAGGAAGUGAAUGAUGAUUUGAUGAUUCGAAGAUUUCUUAGAGCUCGAGACAUGGAUGUUGAGAAAGCAUCUCAAAUGUUCCUAAAGUACCUAAGCUGGAGGCACUCUUUCAUGCCACCCAAUGGUGGGUGCUUCACAAACUCAGAUGUUGCCACUGAUAUUGCUCACAACAAGGUGUUUAUGCAAGGCCAUGACAAACAAGGACGCCCACUUCUCCUCGUCUAUGGCGGCAGGCAUAAGCAGCAUAACCCUGAUCACCUUAAACGUUUUGCUGUCUAUUGCCUUGAAAAACUAUGUACCAGAAUGCCAAAAGGGCAUGAAAUGUUUGUAGCCAUUGGAGAUCUUAAAGGCUGGGGUUAUGCCAAUUGUGACAUUCGUGGAUACCUAGCAGGUCUAUCCAUUUUGCAGGACUGCUAUCCGGAAAGGCUUGGCAAGUUAUUCUUAGUUAAUGUCCCCUACAUUUUCAUGACUGCUUGGAAGAUGGUCUACCCAUUCAUUGACAAAAACACAAAGAAGAAGAUCGUAUUUGUGGAUAACAAAAAGCUAAAACCAACUUUGCUGAAUGACAUCCAUGAAGAGCAGCUCCCGGAGAUUUAUGGAGGCAAACUAUCUUUAGUUCCUAUUCAAGACUGCUGACUAAUUCAUUCUCCAAUAAAUAUUCAAGUGCUUUAAUGAUGCACUCCUUCUAUAAAUCUAAAUAUAUAUAAUUUAAAUAAUUUUUUCUAUAAAUUUAGACUAUUUUAUAAUACGAAAAUUAGGGUUAAAUAGUUUAUUUCAAAUGCAGUUAUAAUAAUAAAAAAAAUAUAUGUGUGUAUGUACAACAAACUAUUUAAAUUUUAUUUUGAGGAUGUUAACCUAUU